AUGGAUAUGUCACAUCCUGCCACGACUACGGCCCCGGCCGCCGCGGCGACCACGAGCAUGGGAGGAGGAGGUAUGGGAGGUAUGGGUGGCAGCGGUUGCAAGAUUUCGAUGUUGUGGAACUGGUACACGAUCGACUCAUGCUUCAUCGCGUCUUCCUGGAAGAUCACCUCGACGAGCGUAUUUGCAGGCUCCUGUAUCGGCGUCCUCCUCUUGGUGAUGUCGCUUGAGCUUCUUCGCCGGUCCGUCAAGGAAUACGACCGUUUCCUCCUCCGUCAGCACUCCGCAGCGCCGACUGCACAAAAGGUCACUGGCUCUCCCGCUUUGCCGGCGGCCGCCCCGGGUUUUCGACCGACCGUUUUGCAACAGGCUAUGCGCGCGCUUCUUCAUAUGGUCCAGUUUGCUGUUGCGUACUUCGUCAUGCUGCUCGCCAUGUACUACAACGGUUACAUCAUCAUCUGCAUUUUCAUCGGCUCCUUCCUCGGUGCCUUUGUUUUCCAGUGGGAGUAUCUCGGGGUCAGCAAUGGCCAGACAAGCGCCGCAAAGGAGGCCACAGUGUGCUGUGGUUGA